GUGUGCUAACUGUCGUGAAAGCACAUUGACGGAGAAAGACGCUAGAAGGACGCUAAUAAGUCAGUCUUAUUAUUUGUUCUCCAGUUUGAAAUAUUUACGUCGUAUAAAAUACAUCUUUGAUUCUUUAUUGAAGGAUAAAAUGGUCUGGAUGCGCUAGAAGCACCGUGCCGCUUCUCCUGCUAUCUUUGCUUGUUAGUUAGCUUAGCUCGCUAGUUAGCUUAGCUUGUUAGCUGCUAACAGAAGUUAUUAACACGUCGCUAAGUAGAGAUCAAGUGUGAGAGUAAAGUGUUGUGAUUGUGUGAAAAUGUCUACAUUACACAUGUUGAGAGCGUUGGUGGAUCAGCGACUAACUGCUGCCGUUGAAGAAAUAUUUGUAGUGUUAGAAAGAACGAUAGCAGAAUACGAGGCGGAACUUUCUAGAAUAAAAGAGGAGAACUAUCAACUACUGGACGCUGUUUUCAAGAAACAUCAAGUUGUGUUACACAGAACAGAUGUCGUAGAAGAACAUCUUCCUCGUGAGCAGGAAGAAGAGCCACAGCCCCACCACAUUAAAGAGGAAGAUGUACCACAUUCCCAUCACAUUGAAGAAGGAGGGGAGGAGCCACAACCCCCCCAUAUUACAGAGGAAGACGAGACGCCACAGACCCAUAGUGUUAAACUGUCUCUUCACAUUAAAGGUCAAGCGGCGGACCCACUGGUCUUACACAGCAAAAAUGAAGAGGAGGACCCACUGACCCCUCACUUUAAGGAGCAAGAGAACCCGCUGACCCCUCACAUUAAAGAGGAAAAGGAGGACCCACUGAACCCCUACUUUAAAGAGGAAGAGGAGGACCAAGAGCCGCUGCACAUUAAAGAAGAAGAGGAGGAGUUCCCAGUGACUGGUGUCCUUGUGAAGAGUGAAGAUGAUGAGGAGAAGAGAGAGGCGGAGCCUCCAAGCAGCAGCUCAACACAACACAUGACAACAGAAGGUGAUGGAGACCACUGUGGAGGAUCACAAGCAGACAAGAUGUUAGCUCCACUAUCAGAUAGUGAGGACACAACGUCACACUCUCCUGACACUGAUGAUGAACACUCUAAAGAUGAUAAGACAUGUCACACUGACAACACUCACUUCACAUGUUCUCACUGUGACAAAACCUUUAAAUACCAUUGUCGUCUGAAAACACACAUGAGAACACACACUGGAGAAAAACCUUUUAACUGUUCACUUUGUGGUAAAGGUUUUGUACAAAGUUACAAUUUGAAAAUACACAUGAGAAGACACACUGGUGAAAAAUCUUUUAUCUGUUCACUCUGUGGUAAAGGUUUUGUACAAAGUCACAGUUUGAAAGCACACAUGAGAAGACACACUGGUGAAAAACCUUUUUCUUGUUCAAUCUGUGGUAAAGGUUUUGCACACAGUUCAUGUUUGGUAAAACACAAAAGAAGACACACUGGAGAAAAAUCUUGUAUUUGUUCAAUCUGUGGUAAAGGUUUUGUAGAAAGUCGCUGUUUGAAAGAACACUUGAGAACACACACUGGUGAAAAAUCUUUUAUCUGUUCACUCUGUGGUAAAGGUUUUGCACAAAGUCAACAUUUGAAAAGACACAUGAGAACACACACUGGGGAGAAACCUUUCACAUGUUCAAUCUGCAACAGAAGCUUUUGUGACCAAUCAAACCUUGUAGUACACAUGAGAACACACCCAGGAGAGAAAGUGUUGAGUUGCAGUGUGUGUGGUGAAAGAUUGUCUUCUGAGUACCAGUGUAAGAAACACAAGUGUGCUGGUGAGAACAGCAGCAGCAAAUGAACAUGCAGGAUUUGAAAUAAACUGUCAAGACUUUA